CAGAUAUUUCGCGCGCAAAACACGUAACAGAUAAAACAAGCUACAAAUGAAUGCGUGUUUGAAAAACAUUUCGGUAUAAUAACCGCGUUUAUGAAUACAUAAUUUUUAAUAUGGGUUGAAUUUAUUACAUCAAACAAAACUACUGUAAAACUUUUUAUGGGACUAUGUGAAUGUUAAUUAUGUAAGAAUCACUAAAAUUUAUGGUUUGUGACUAUUGUUUUUGUAAAAUCACGGAAAGUACAUUUUGGAAUGAUUUCGUUAGAGGAUGCUGACAACAUAUCAGUAAAGACUAAAAGCAUGCCAACGCAAUAUGUGCCAGAUACUCAAAAUCGAGAACAGAAUGCCUGCCAAAAACUUAAUAUCCAAAUGGCUGCGGACAAAACAAGGAAAACAUAAAGACUCACCAUGGCGCUAGUAAGCGAAUAACCAUCAGGAAAAUAUGAAUACGACCAAACCAGAAAUACUGGUGGCAAGAAGCCAAUUGGACAUUUUGCAAAGAGGACCCGAAUACUUCCUAGAGAACCCACGACUGCCGUAUAACAUUGUAUUAGAAUUCAAUGCUACCUUUGACAAUAACAAUACUUUUAAUUCAACAAAUGUCUCCGGUGAGGUUUGGAAUGAUUACAUAAAUCUUCUUCGUGAACGAGCCCUACUUGUUUCAUUCUUACUUCUGUUUUCGUUGACGACUGUUUUUGGAAAUAUGUUAGUAAUACUGGCAGUCGUGAGGGAGCGAUAUCUUCAUACAUCUACGAAUUACUUCGUUACGUCACUAGCUGUAGCUGAUUGUCUCGUGGGUCUAGUGGUUAUGCCCUUCUCUGCCCUUUAUGAAGUUUUGGAGCACACGUGGUUUUUUGGCGUGGACUGGUGUGAUGUUUGGAGAUCGUUGGAUGUUCUCUUCAGUACUGCAUCAAUACUUAAUCUAUGUGUUAUAUCAUUAGACCGAUACUGGGCCAUCACUGAUCCUAUCACAUAUCCGAUGCGGAUGAGUGGCCGGAAAGCCGCAUUUCUCAUAGCAGCGGUGUGGGUGUGUUCAGGUGCGAUAUCAUUUCCGGCUAUCGCGUGGUGGCGUGCAGUGCGCUUGGAAGAAGUACCAGAUUAUAAAUGCCCGUUCACGGAAAAUUUAGAGUACAUAAUAUUUUCUUCAACAAUAUCAUUUUAUCUACCCUUGUUUGUUAUGGUGUUUACAUAUUACCGUAUAUAUCGUGCCGCGACUAUUCAGACUAGGUCUUUAAAAAUUGGGACAAAGCAAGUGAUGAGACCAAGUGGAGAGUUAGAACUAACGUUACGUAUUCAUAGAGGUGGCACGGUGCGUCAAAGAACUGAUGUGUGUCAUGGUGCGUGUACUCCCGAGGAAGCAGAUCAGGAACCAUUAACAGCAUUACAAAACAAUGGACUUUCACGUUCAUCGACGCGUUUAACAAAUGUUACUCAUAAUAAACAUUUGCCCAAAAACUUUUCCCUUUCGCGAAAGCUUGCUAAAUUUGCAAAAGAAAAGAAAGCAGCAAAGACGCUUGGAAUUGUAAUGGGUGUAUUUAUAGUUUGUUGGUUACCAUUUUUCGUAGUUAAUCUCCUAUCUGGUAUAUGUUCGUCAUGCAUCACACAUGAAGAGAUAGUCAACGUGGUGGUCACGUGGCUCGGGUGGGUCAACUCAUCCAUGAACCCUGUGAUCUACGCAUGCUGGAGCAGAGACUUUAGAAGGGCAUUUCUUAGAAUCCUCUGUGUCUGCUGCCCCAGGAAGUUGCGAAGAAAAUAUCAACCACAACUUCGCUUUAAACAGUCACAGUGGCGUACGACCCGUCGUUAUUACUCCACGGGCGAACUUCAAGCUAUUCGGCAAAACUCCUGCGAACAAACUUAUAUAUAGCGGCUCAAUUUAAUUCCUAC